CCAGUGUGUGUUGUAAACCUGGCUCCAGGCUAAAAUAAACCCGAGAUAAGAGAGCUUAGGGCUCGCCUACUUUGGAAAGGCGAUCAAUCGGAUCUCAGGCGUCCUCCAAGCACUCUCUUACGUAGACAUCAUCCACAAGGAGAGAGAAUUGACACUACACAAGGCUGAUCUGAUCGCCACUUUUUUUACCUGCUUGGUCGCUGAACCAUGUCGUUGAGCCCAAAGCAUACAACACCCUUUUCAGUGACCGACAUCCUUAGCCCCAUUGAAGAGACCUACAAGAAGUUUGGUGGCAUGGACAACAGUGGCAACCUAAGCACUUCCCUCAGCGCCUACAGACAGAGCCACGUUUCCCAGGCAGGAAUGCAACAACAUAUGGGCCACAAUGCCACUGUCACCACCACCUACCACAUGCCCCACAGUGUCUCCCAGUUCUCACAUGGUGCCAUGGGAGGCUACUGCAAUGGAAGUAUUAGCAACAUGGGAGAUAUCUCCUCUUACCAAGAUACCAUGAGGAACAGCGCAGCUGCCACUGGAUGGUAUGGAGCCAACCCAGAUCCAAGAUAUUCAACAAUUUCUAGAUUCAUGGGACCGUCUACCGGUAUGAAUAUGGCUGGCAUGGGCACUUUGCAAGGGAUAGCGGAAGCCGCCAAAUCAAUGGCCCCUCUACAUGCAGCCCCCAGAAGGAAAAGAAGAGUCCUCUUCUCUCAAGCGCAAGUCUAUGAACUGGAAAGGAGGUUCAAGCAGCAGAAGUAUCUCUCAGCUCCUGAAAGAGAGCAUCUGGCCAGCAUGAUCCACCUCACCCCUACUCAGGUGAAGAUCUGGUUUCAGAAUCACAGGUACAAGAUGAAGAGGCAAGCCAAGGACAAAGUCACUCAACAACUCCAUCAAGAAAGUAACUUGUGCCAGCAACAGUCCCCUCGCCGUGUGGCUGUUCCAGUUCUAGUCAAAGAUGGCAAGCCUUGCCAAAACGGCUCCAACACCUCAACCACAAGUCAACAGGUAUCCCAACAACAAAGCAGCUCCAACGGUGUAUUGUCAUCUUCCAACGGCGCUGUCCAUCAGCACCAGAAUCAACAGGUUAACUCUUUAAACCAAGCUCCAGAGUUAGAGGAAAUGUCACCUAGCCCUCAAUCCCUCCACAACCAGGUGGCCAACAUGGCACAGAUGGACGCUUCCAGUGUAGACUACACCAAUGGUAUGGUCAAUACCAGUAUGCUCUACGGAAGAACGUGGUGAAGAAGACUCUUGGAUGGGGAGAGGUCAAGAGUUACUGACCGUCUCUGUUCUUUGGGAGACUUCACUUCUAUGGUGGGUUCAUGAGCUGACCUUUUUAUUAUCAAAUGUUCUUUUUUUUUUUUUUUUUUUUAGGACUGCUACAAAAAAGUUACAAUAGGGUUGGAUGAAGCUGUAAUAAAUGAUCCAGAAGGACAUUACAGAUCGGUCACCCGUAGACUACUCCCUAAUUUUCUAAAUGGAACAAUUGCAAAAUUGAUCAAAACAUUAACUUAACGGAAUUUGGGGGAAACGUCAUUGUGAAUUUUUGUAUAGCGAGAUAAAAAAACUACCUCGCAAAAAAACAAAACAAAAAAACAAAAAAAAACAGCGUCACACUGUUUUAUUGACAUUUUUGAGUUUACAAAAGACUGCCAGCUAUGUAACAUACGAACUAAUCAGGCUGUUAGUAUGUGUUUAAUAAUGAACGAUUUAAAUUAUAGUAUUUUAUAGACAUUUUCUCUUUGCAGUAUUUUAUAGUUAUUUUUUUUCUUUGUUUGAGGAAUGUGGUCUAUAACAUUCUACAUCUGGAAUACUCUCUUAGAUAAUUCUUCAAAUGUAGCUGCUAUGAUCAUGAGUUUAAUGUCUUUAUUUUUAUUUUAUUAUUGUAUUUUAUAUCAUUUUAUAUUCACUUCCUCAAAGUAGAAAGCCAGAAGUGAAACGACCCUUUCAUAUUCUGGUCUCGCAGAACCUAAUUGAAAUUGGAUCAUUAUUACUUUUUUUUUUCAUGGAUGCUCCACUCAUAGAUGAAAUAAUAAAACAAAUAUUGCUUAUUGGGGUAUCCCAAUAUUGGGGGGUUUAAAUGAAAAAUGAAUCAAGCGAACUUUUAUUUUUCAACUGAGAGCCACCCACCAGAUUAUUAACCCGUCCUGUAUUUAUUUCCAUGUGUGGUUAUUUUAAAUGCCUUUUUUUUAAUCAUUUUCUAAAUGUUCAUUACACAAGAAAUCGCCACCUACAAGCCUAAUUAUUAAGAUACAAUCUGAAGAAUGAUUAAAUUAAUAAAACAAUAUGUCUAAACUGGAACUACUCAGCGCUUGGAUUGAUUUGAUAAAGCAGAGGUCAAAUGGUGAAGAUGAUGAAUCAAAUGCUUCUAAAUUAAUAUUUUUUUUUAACUUAUUGUCUUGUUAAUCUAUAUAAAUUAAUAUUGUAAGUUUAGUCCAUUCUAGAAAUAUAAAAAAAAAAAUACAAAAGACGUGUUUUAUAAUGACAUUUAUUUUCUCCUUUUAUUUUAUUGUUUUUUUCUUUUCCAGAUGUUUUACAAUGAUCCAUAAUAUUAUCGGAUCUUUUAGUAUGUGGCGUUCAGGUGUUCCAAAAUGUUGUUAAUAUUUCCAUUUCUGUUCGGGAAAUAUUAAAUUAAAAAACGAAAAAACAAAAAAAACGCACACACAAUUGGUGGUUUUCCUAUCAGACUGUUGCAUUCUGAAAUGCAUCAAUGGUGUGUAUGGAAGAGAUGCAAUUGGACGACCCCAUAGUCUGCCUGGCAGUGGUAAAGCAGGUGCACCUAGUUAGGAAGGGGGCUUAAUCUAUGAUAAGGACACAUUCCUGGCAGAAUGGAAUAAGUUGGGUGGGGGGCAUUGAACUAACGGAUCUUUGUUGCUUUUGAGAAGAAACAUGUCUCCAAGCUUUGCAGUUCAGAUGUGUAAUAAGCAUACGAAUGUGCUGACUAGGUGAACCUCAUUAACUGAAGAGGAGGAUAAGAGUCCCCACACAGAACAGUCCCGAAAGGGUACUUGGCCCAAGCAGGACAAAGGCAAAAUCUAAAGUUCAUCUGCAUUUCAGAAAUCCCCCAUAAUAAAACCAGUCUGUGGAUAUUACAAUGUCCAGACUGCUGGUUUGUCUUUAAUUCAACCAAAAUGUGGCUGCUAAAAAAAAAAAAUGGUUGGAGGAGGGGGCAGGUAGGGGAGAUUUAAGAGAUAGAAUUUACUACAAUGCCAUCAGUUGACUGGCUACAUUCUCUGAUGUUCCAUUCUCAGCAAUGAAAACCCAUGGAAGCCAAAGGCAUGAGUUACAUAAUUUGUAAUCAGCAGGUGGGCUGAAUAUAACAAAUGGCUACUAUUUGUUGUGUUUCCUUGCUAAUAUGUACAAUACUGUACAGAUUUAUUGUCCCUUCUAAACAUUGGGGGAUAAUGCUAUUUUGUAACUUUCAAUGGAUUUACCACUAGAGGAAUUAAUAAAUGAUUU